AUGACGGAAUAUAAAUUGGUUGUGGUGGGAGCUGGUGGCGUUGGCAAGAGCGCACUCACCAUUCAGCUCAUCCAGAAUCACUUUGUGGAUGAAUAUGACCCCACCAUUGAGGACUCUUACAGAAAGCAAGUGGUGAUUGACGGGGAGACGUGCUUGCUGGACAUCCUUGACACUGCAGGUCAGGAAGAGUACAGCGCCAUGAGAGAUCAGUAUAUGAGGACAGGGGAGGGCUUCCUCUGUGUCUUUGCCAUCAAUAACACGAAGUCUUUUGAGGACAUUCACCACUACAGAGAGCAGAUAAAAAGGGUGAAGGACUCCGAGGAUGUCCCCAUGGUGCUGGUGGGCAACAAGUGUGACCUCCCGUCCAGGACAGUGGACACCAAACAGGCUCAGGAUUUAGCUCGGAGCUACGGCAUUCCCUUUAUAGAGACCUCAGCCAAAACCAGACAGAGAGUGGAAGAUGCCUUUUACACUCUGGUUCGGGAGAUCAGGCAGUACCGCGUCAAUAAGCUCAGCAAGGAAGAAAAGACGCCGCGCUGUGUCAAGCUUAAAAAGUGUGUUGUGAUGGGAGUCGACGAUGCCUUUUACACGUUAGUACGAGAAAUUCGCAAGCAUAAGGAGAAGAUGAGCAAGGAGGGCAAAAAGAAGAAAAAGAAGUCCAAGACAAAGUGCACACUCAUGUGA